AUGGAACGUGUUUCGGUGCGUCUCGUGGCGACGCUCGCGGUGCUGGCCCUGAUGAUCCUCGCCGCGUCGGGCCAAAGCGACUGCAAGGGCAAGGUGGGCAAGUACGAAUACGACCUCACCCCGCUGGCACAGAAGCUUGGCGCUGUGGACCUCCAGACGCAGGAUGCCGGCAACCCGCCCCAGACCUACUACUACCGCGUGUGCGGCGUGGUGAGCAACAACUUCUGCCAGACGGUGGACGACAUGACGCCCGCCGUGUGCCAGAAGGACACGCGCAUCCCCGCCGAGUUCCACGAUUGCGGCAACCAGAAGACGGCUCGCUUCCAGAAGCUCCCGAGCGGAUCCGAUUCUGAUGGUUUCACCCUCUCCUACACGGGCGGCCAGGAUGGUCGUGCAUCCAUGAUUUACUUCAAGUGCGACAAGUCCAAGGAUCCUGGCGUGUUCAGCUUCGUCAAGGAGGACCCCGUCAAGACGUAUGAUUUGCAGUACCUCAGCAAGUGGGCUUGCCCCACCAACGGUGGCGGCGGCGGCGGCGGCGGUGGCGGUGGCGGCGGCGGUGGUGGCGAUGACGACGACGGCGGCAUUUCCGGCGGCUGGAUCUUCAUCAUCAUUUUGUCGAGCUUGCUGGUCCUGUACCUCGUCGGUGGUGUGGCCUUCAACAAGUUCUACAGGCACCACGAGGGCAAGGAGAUCAUCCCCAACGUCGAGUUCUGGAUGGCUCUCCCCGGUCUCGUCAAGGACGGCCACCUCUUCGUCUGGCGCAAGGCUCGCAGCCUCACUGGCCGCGGCAGCUACGAGGAGAUGUAA